AUGGCAGGAGAGAGGGAGAGAGAGGAGAGGGAAAGAGAGAGGGAGGAGAGGCAAGGGAGAGAGGAGACAGAGAGUGCGAGAGAGAGGAGAGGGCAAGAGAGAGGGAGGAGAGUCCAGGAUGGUAAGGGUAAGGCUGAAUAUGACCGGCAAGUCACUUAUUGCAAACGAAGAUGUGGAAUCUUGAAGAAAGCUGAGGAGAUUUCUGUGCUAUGUGACAUCGACAUUAUCCUUGUUAUGUUUUCCCCAACUGGAAAACCAACGCCAUUUCAAGGCGGACCAAGCAAUUUUUAUGAAAUAAUUGCAAAAUUUGCUCAAUUGACUCCUCAAGAAAGGGCAAAAAGGAAGUUGGAGAGCCUUGAAACAUUGAGGAAGACUUUUAAGAAACUUGACAACGAUAUAGGCGUGCAAGAGUUUCUAGAUGCUAGUGAUCCAUCAGUUGAAUGGAGUAAUCCUGAUAAGAUAAAUAAAGUGGAAGAUCUCGCGCUGAUGGAGUGUGCACUAAGGGAGUCACUUAAUGCAGUUCAUGUUCAGAAGCUCCAGAACACGACACAUUUGUAUCUUUUGAUGAACAGCGAACUAGAUGGGCAAACUUAUCCAUGGCAUCCAGCAAAUAAAAUCCAGCACAUGUCAUUCCCUCAGGCACCAAACAUUCUACCCCAUGAAAAUAUGGGAUACUCCGGAGAUACUUCAGCUGCUGAAUCUUCUCAUGUUCUGGACUCCGGGAAAGUUGAUCAAGCUAGACAGGCAACAACUGCAAUACUAGAUAACAGUGUCUUGAAUGAUCCAAAUAGUAUAUCAUUCUUGAGACAGCAACUAAGUGAGCAGUAUUCAUACAACCCCAAUGAUAAUCUUAAUCUGCUGGAAAGGAAUAUGGAUCCUCUGAGCGAUGUCAAUUUGAAAGGAUAUUUGAUGGAUUAUGAAUUUCAAAGAAACUAUAACCUAACAAGGUCUGUGGAUGCAGUCAAUUAUAGUGCAGCUGAUGCCGUUUCUGUUCCAGGUUUUGAUGAAAAAUCAUAAGCACGGGUAAUUUUACCUGUUUCCAUUCUCAGUUAA